AUGUCAUUCAAAGUGAAUUGGAACUCCUUGGAAACAGAUUCGUUAUCUACUUGGACAAAAGAGAUUUUAACAAAUGCUUUAAACUCAGGCAAGUCGCCACAUAUUCUUGCUUCCAACAUUUCCAUCAAGGACCUCAAUUUCGGCCAGUCUGCACCAGACUUUGAAAUAUUGGAGAUUGGAGAGUUGGACAGAGACAGGUUUAGAGGAAUCUUCAAAAUUAGUUAUAGUGGCGACUUCCACUUGACAUUGCAUACCAAAGUUCAAGCAAACCCAUUGAACAUUUAUUACUCCAACUCUUUAGAAAAAGAAGUUGGUAUUGAAGAUUCAGAGUUUAUCACACCACAAUUUGGAUUAUCUAACGAACAGUUUGCUAUCCCAUUGGACCUCAAGCUAAGCGAUAUCAAGAUUAGUGGAAUUGGCAUUAUAGUUUUCUCCAAAUCCAAAGGAUUAACGUUGGUGUUUAGAAACGACCCGUUGGACUCGAUAAAAGUCAGUUCAACUUUUGAUACAGUUCAAGUGUUGGCAAAUUUCUUGCAAAAGCAAAUUGAGUCGCAGAUCAGAGACUUGUUUAGAGAAACACUACCGACUUUGAUUCAUCAAUUGUCAUUGAAGUAUCUUAGUCUUGACAACAACAUGAAUGAAUUGAGAACUAAACUUGCAGCCAAUGCCUCAACAUCAUCAUCAUCAACAUCAUCAACAUCAUCAUCAACUACAUCUUCAUCUUCAUCUUCAUCACCUUCUUCUUUUACAUCCUCCUUGGACUCUGCAAAUACUACAACGUCCUUGAAGAUGUUGGAGAAUGAAGAAGAAGACUUUUCACUAGUUUAUUCCGCUAAAAACCUUCAAAAGAAUUUGAAAUUAUUCAAAUCACGCGAAACAAUGAGUCUCCACAUUCCAAGAUUCAGAAACAUAGUUCAAAGGACCCAUUUGGAUAAGUUUACCAAAAACUAUCCUAACCUCAUAAACUCAUUAGCAUUGAGUAAUAACGAGUUGCAAAAAUUCACCCACCACCCACACUCGCACAAUGCUGUACCUAUUGAUAUAUUCAAGAAUGAAUCAUUUGAGAAAACAGAUGGAUUGUUGAAAGAUAUUUCCAAUAUACAAGCAGGCAAUUAUUACAAGUUUGCUACUCAAAAGGAAAACACAGUCAAGCCAAAGAGGAGAGUUAUUAGAUUGGGCAAGAGUAAGAAUAAGAGCAAGAGCAAGACCGAGACCAAGACCGAGCACAACGAUGAGAACAGCAAUAAUGACAACCAGAUUGUGCCACUAUCGUCUACACCAGCAUCCAGCUCCAGCUCUACCUUAAUUGAAGAGAUGGUGGAGGAACCAUCUACACCAAUAAUGAAGGAAACCUCAGAAUUUAUUAAUCCCGCCACUAAAACCACUCCACAGACUCAAAUACAUCACCCAACACCACGCAAAUUGGAGCUGCGUGUACAAGCAGACCCAGAAUUACAUUCAGAAGUGUCUACAGAUUUGCACUCAAGGUCAUCAGCUCAUCAUGCAUUGUACCAAGAGUUUAUCAGAUCAACACAAUCGCCUUCGUUGUAUGACAAGGUUUUGACAACUUGUGGUGGCGUGGGUUUGGGAAAUACUGGUUAUUUCAGCUUUGUACCACAGAGAGCACUUAGUGCUUCGCCCAUUAAGGCACUUAACGAGGAGUUGAAUGAAAAGAAGUCGAUGAACCACAUGGAUUUCAAUAGGGUUAGUCAGCGGUUGGAGGAGAAAUUGAAGCAGAAUAACGGUGACAUGUUGCGCAAGAAUAACAGCAUGAAUAGCAACAGUAACAGUGUUGAUGCCGAAGAUAAACCUCAGCUUGUGCACCAUGAUACGUUAUCUGCAACUGCAGCUGCCUAUGCUGGAUUAUUUACGGCACCACCACCACCUUAUUACCAUUGA